AUGUCUGCCGAAUGCAAAUGGCUCAAUCACCUCUGUCGCACGCUUACCCCCAACACGUUUUCUCAAUUGACAUCCCUCGACCUCUACAUUUCUAGAAAGGUGACGAACUGCAUUCUCUCGUCAACCAACAUCUUCGCACUCUCCCCACUCCGGUUCUACCACUUCAAAUCUGAUUGGUUGGUGGACCUGAAACAGUCAUUGCAUUUGGACGACACCAACCACGAUCGCAUGGCAAGGGUUCAAAUUUGGCAUAAUUUCCUCACGCGGUGCACCAAUCUUCGAGUUGCCCUUAUUAGUUACAACGUCUAUAGGGAUCAACCCCUCCCCGACGAUACAGUCUGGAUGCCUCCCAGUCAAGACGGGUUUCGCCCGUUGAUCCACCUGACCAAGCUUGCUAUACGCACCAAUCUUCACGGCAGCGCAUCUACGCUGCUUCGUGACCUCAACCUGCCAGCACUCAAAAUGCUUAUGCUAGACGCCGAUGGUCUCUCUCGAUUUUCGCUCCUCCCGGCAGGCGUGGCAUUCGUGCCUACCAUUAUACGCGACAUGGCAUAUUUCCCCCAAUUGACCGCCCUUUGUCUAGCUCGUGUGGCCAUUAACGACGAAGAUCUCUUCUCUCCCCUUUGCCUCACAACUGAACUGCGGACACUCAGCAUCCUCAAGACUGCUGUGCGCUUAAUUCCCGGUAUGAAUCCAGCAAGUUACAAAUCACAAGUAUUGUCGGAGGAUUCCUCUGGACUCAUUUCGUUCCUCACGAUCAAUGAAAGAACGUUCAAUAACGAGGGCCAUCUACCCCCUCUUCCUCAUCUACGGUCUAUUGUGCUAUUUUACGCUAUUGAAACAUUCGGUGACCACGUACCAUACAUCGCAUAUGCCCGCCUUGCACACUCCCGCUAUCGAUAG